GCCUAGUGGAGUGUGUGUGGAGUCAGAGCUGGAAAGUGUGUGUGAGGAGUGUAGUGGCACUGUGGACAUGUCACAGUUCACUCUGGGAGCCUGAUAAAGCGAGUGGAUGUGUUCAAGACCUGAUAUUAUGCCCAAGAUGAGGACCCAGUUUGGAGUUUUGUUUUUGUUCACCCUGUGCGUGGUCUACUCUGAUGCUUGGUUCUGGGCCUGGACUGGUACUACAACUUUGCCCCCGACAGUGGACAAUGAGGGGUCUGGCAGUCCAGCAGGUAGUGGAGAACCACCAUCAGAGAAUAUUGCAAGGGUUGGAGCGGAGAUCAUUGAUGAGGAACAUGGGAUGCAAAAGGUUGUGCAGACUUGGGAUGAGACCACUGAGGGACCUCGACUGACCACUCUAAUACCUACAACACAACCAGAGAACAAACGUGCAUCAGAAAAGGGAACAACAGGGAUUUCAUCACGCAUACUUAAAUCUGAACAGAGUGGAGUCUCCCUGCUACAGCUGAUUGGGGAUCCUCCUCCUAAUACGAUCAGCCAGGUUUUCGGGCCCGACAACAGCCCUGGCUAUGUCUUUGGCCCCAAUGCCAACACAGGCCAGCUGGCCCUCGCCCACCUGCCCAGCCCCUUCUACCGAGAUUUUGCCCUCAUCUUCAAUCUGAAACCCACCUCUGACAGGGGCGGCGUCAUCUUCUCCGUCACCGACUCCGCACAGCAGAUCAUGUACGUGGGCGUUAAACUGUCGGCCGUGCAGGGCAGCAAGCAGAACGUCAUCCUGUACUACACGGAGCCCGACUCCCAGCAGUCGUACGAGGCGGCCAGCUUCCGUGUGCCCUCCAUGAGGGAUACCUGGACCCGUUUUGCCAUCGCUGUGAGGGACGACAAGGUGAUGUUCUAUCUCAACUGUGACACAGACCCUCAGGUGAUGCGCCUCGAGAGGUCCCCGGACGAGAUGGAGCUGGAGGCCGGCGCUGGGAUCUUUGUCGGCCAAGCUGGAGGAGCCGAUCCUGAGAAGUUUCUGGGGGUGAUGGGUGAGCUGAGGGUGGUGGGAGACCCCCGUGCUGCUGAGAGGCACUGUGAAGAGGAUGAAGAUGACUCGGAUGUGGCUUCAGGUGAAGGAAGUGGCUAUGAGGAAACCAGCCCCCCAAAACCAGCUGUGGAGAAGCAUAGAUGGACGACGACUACUCCGUCUUCCCGGCCCAUUCAGCAGCCACCACUGACCAGGGUAGACGUGUCAGUAGCAAGAGAAACAGCAAGUGACUCCCAGCACAUUUCUGUGGAGUCCGGGCCCGGACUUCCUGGGUCACCAGGGCCAGUGGGGGCUAAAGGAGAAAAGGGUGACCAAGGGGAUACAGGAGCGAAAGGAGACAGGGGUCCAAUAGGGCCGAAGGGAGAUGCUGGCUCGGGCUCGGGCUCCGGCUCACGGGGUGGAGCCCGUGGAGACAAGGGAGAACCAGGGGAAAAGGGAUUAAAGGGCAGUGCAGGCUUUGGCUACCAAGGAAAGAAGGGAGAGCCUGGCCUCUCUGGGCCCCCCGGCCCCCCUGGCCCUCCAGGGCCCGCAACCGAGUUUUCAGUCGGCGGUGACGGCUCAGUCGCUUCCAGAGUCCCCGGGCCCCGAGGACCAGCUGGACCGCAAGGUGCCGCGGGCCCCCAGGGACCAGCAGGAGCUGAUGGAGAGCCAGGCGAUCCAGGGGAGGAUGGAAAACCCGGUCCUGAUGGACCUCCUGGCUUCCCUGGAACCCCAGGGGAACCUGGAGCUAAAGGAGAUAAGGGAGAGCGUGGAGAGGGUCAGCCGGGCCCCAGAGGACCCCCAGGACCUCCGGGACCCUCAGGACCAGGACUCAGAUCUACUUUUGUGGACAUGGAAGGCUCAGGGUUUCCUGAUCUGGAAUCUGUUCGGGGACUGCCUGGUCUACCAGGUCCCCCUGGUCCCCCCGGUCCUCCCGGUCCCUCUACGGUAGGAGCAGGAACAGCAUCAAGUUCUGGGGCAUUCGGACCACCAGGGGACGGAGCGCCCGGUCAACCUGGCUUGCCUGGUUUGCCGGGUACUGAUGGCCUCCCAGGAGUGUCUGGUCCAAAAGGAGAAAAGGGUGAUACAGGCGAGCUGGGUCUUCCAGGAGCAGUUGGAGAGAAGGGAUCUAAAGGAAAUCCCGGUUUACCAGGAACUCCAGGAGAGCCCGGACUGGCUGGUCUGCCUGGACCCCUCGGACCGGUUGGGCCACCUGGGCCUCCCGGGCCUCCUGGACCAAGCUAUCGGGUUGGAUUUGUAAGUUUUCUAUUAGGUUUUCAAUGGACCAGAGGACCUGAAGGAAAUCAGGGUUCUCCUGGCCUGCCUGGACUUCCGGGUAAAGCUGGGUUGCCAGGUAUCACAGGCCAGAAGGGCAGCGAAGGUCCUGUAGGAAAAGAUGGCCAACCAGGGCUGGAUGGCUUCCCCGGACCUCAGGGACCAAAGGGUAGCAGUGGCAUCAAAGGAGAGAGGGGUGACCCAGGUCGGGAUGGAACUGGAAUCCCAGGUCCACCCGGCCCACCUGGACCACCUGGACAAAUCGUCUACCAGACAUCUGGCAAUGUUGAUGGUGUUGUUGGCAAUGCUGGGCCUCAGGGAGGACCUGGUUUACCUGGUCAAGCUGGAUUCCCUGGUCCUAUUGGACCAAAGGGUGACCGAGGAGACGCCGGCCUCCCGGGCUACGGAGUGAAGGGUGAGAAAGGUGAACCAGGCUUAAUAAUUGGACCGGAUGGAAAUCUUCUCCACCUGGAAGGGCUGACGGGUCUGAAGGGAGACAGAGGAUCUCCAGGACCUGUUGGCCCCACUGGACCGUAUGGGCCUCCUGGAAUAAAAGGUGAAAUUGGAAUGCCCGGAAGACCUGGUCGCCCCGGUGUAAAUGGGUACAAGGGUGAGAAAGGAGAGUCCGGAGUUGGAUCUGGCUACGGCUACCCAGGAGUCCCUGGCCAACCGGGACCACCAGGACCACCGGGACCACCCGGCCCAGCCAUUCCCUUAGAUCGCUUCAACCGCUACGAUGAAAUUUCAAGGAACUACCCAGCGACUAAAGGGGAAAAAGGAGAGCAGGGUGACCGAGGACUUCCAGGAACAGCCCCUAAUUUUGAUAUUUACACAUUCAAGAAUGAACUGAAGGGGGAGCGUGGAGACUCAGGUGUGAAGGGAGAAAAGGGAGAGCCCGGUGGUGGAUAUUAUGACCCACGUUUUGGAGGAGUACAAGGCCCACCGGGGCCUCCUGGCAAACCAGGCCUACAUGGCCCAAAGGGAGAAUCCAUAAUGGGCCCUCCUGGACCCCAGGGGCCUCCGGGGUCACCAGGGAUUGGUUACGAUGGGCGUCCAGGUCCUCCCGGACCACCCGGACCUCCAGGCUCUCCCUCACUCCCCGGGGGAUAUAGGCCCAAUCACUCCGUCAGUGUUCCCGGACCUCCCGGUCCUCCUGGAGCACCUGGAAUACCCGGUCACUCCUCUGGGGUUACUGUUUUGAGGUCCUACGACACGAUGGUAGCUACAGCCAGACGGCAGGCGGAAGGCAGCCUCAUCUACAUCAUAGACAAAGCUGACCUGUAUUUGAGAGUACGCGAUGGACUGCGCCAAGUCAUGCUUGGAGAAUACAGUCCAUUCUUCAGAGAUCUGGAGAACGAGGUGGCAGAGGUGCAGCCUCCCCCUGUGAUUCUGCACCCCCAGUCCCAGGACCAGUCCCAGAACAACGGAGCUGGCCAUUACUCCCAGGGCGGUCACGCCAUACGACCCAUCGAGCCUCCGCCGCAGCCACCUGUAGACCCCAGGUACCCCCCGCAGUACGAUCCCAGAUUCCCGGAUCCCAGACACACUGGUCAGACGGACGGAAGACCGGCCACCCAACAGACCGAGAACAGAUACCCUGUAACUCCACAGCGACGACCCAGCCCACCUGUACCGCAGCCCGCUGGCCACGCGGACCCAUCUGCAUCAGGACUACAUCUCAUCGCCUUGAACGCCCCUCAAACUGGUAACAUGCGAGGAAUUCGCGGGGCAGACUUCCUGUGCUUCCAGCAGGCCCGCGCCAUAGGCCUGAAGGGAACCUUCAGAGCAUUCCUGUCCUCCAAGCUUCAAGACCUCUACACCAUCGUCCGCAGGUCGGACAGGGACAGCGUCCCCAUCGUCAACCUCAAGGACCAAGUGUUGUUCAGCAGUUGGGAGUCUCUCUUUGGCGACGAUGCAAACAAAAUGAGGGAGAAUGUGCCAAUCUACUCCUUCGACGGUAGAGACACCCUCAGGGACAGCGCAUGGCCAGAGAAAAUGGUGUGGCACGGCUCGAGCAACAAAGGCCACCGGCAAACGGACCACUACUGCGAAACGUGGCGGGCGGGUGACCCUGCCGUGACCGGUCUGGCAUCAUCGCUACAGAGCAGGCACCUCCUGCAGCAGACGUCCAGCAGCUGCUCGGGCUCCCACAUAGUCCUCUGCAUCGAGAACGCCGUCACAACACACUUCAAAAAAUAAUUUCUUUGGAGUUCCGGGCCCAACGUUUUAAUUCCCCCGAAAAACCCGCGGCGUCCGACGAACCAGACCCGCGGCUCUGUGCCCGGCAGAGAUGCUGCGCAUUGUCCGCCCCUCCAUAAACGCCAAAGAGACAGGGCGAACAGAGGGGCGUCUGUCCUUUUUUCUCGGGGGCAUCGGCACAUAUUUUCUCCAAGGGGCGGAACGAGAGCGGAGAAGCUAAACGCAUUCUCAAAUUGUAUCCAUUUGUAUAUUACACGUUUUUUGUUGUUGACAUCAAUGUUUUACCUUUUGAACCGUUUAUCGAAAAAUGCUAUAUCCAUCCUGUUAUUUUGUAUCGUAGGUACCGAUGAUUUUCACAUUUUUUCCAAUUUCAUUUUAGGGUUACGAUGGGAAACGGCAAACGUUUAAAGACUAUUUUAAAGAAGACGAUUGAUAUUUAUUUGUAAAUGAAGUUAAAUGCCCUCAUUUAUAUCGUACGCAGCACAAAACAUUUGACUUUUUUUUCCAAAAAUGUUUGUAACGGCGGUUAUAGAAUGUUUAGAAUGUGAAAUGACCAUUUUCCCCUCAUACCGCUUUCUAAGAAGCUACGGGCAAGCAAGCUGUUUAUUUGCGGGAGCGAGGAGAGGGCAGCUUUUGCAGCAGCCCCGUUUGAAUUCCAGAGACUAACCUGGCCUCGGCGCUGCCGACGUCCAGCAAAUAUCCAUUUUUAUAACAAAUUGUGCUGUACCGUUUGUCCCAGGCACUGAAUAAAAGUGUUUUUCAUCUACAAGAAUUGUCAUGUACUGUA